AUGGGUCUCUUUUCAAAGUUGUUCCCCUGCGCGAAGGACCGCAACGGUCUCAGAAAAUCAGCGCAAUCAUCGCGCAACAACAGGCCGCACAGCACUAUUUCACCGUUUGCCCUCGUGCAAGAAGUUGAAUCGGAGCAAGUCAACGCCAGGCCUGUUUCUGACAUCCCGAUGCUGGACAUGCCGUCAUUCUCGGGAUACAGUGUCUCGAAGCCGUCUGAAAAGGAUAUCGACCACCCUCCUGUUUAUGCAUCUUCCUCGACGUCUCACAAUCAACAAGAGUCCACAGAGGACGUUCCCACAGAGAGAGAUGAGUCCAAUAGUGCGGAUUUAGACUCGUCCACGGAGCCACAGGCCGUCUCCGAAAAUCCCAGAGAUGUUGAGACUAUUACUACGACCUCUGAUGAAGCCAUUGAUCCUCUCUCCCCGUCUCAGCAUUCACCACACGUGGCGGACGACGAGACUCCUCCAGAAAUGACAGAGGUUAAUCCUGACAUCCUCGAACCCCCGCCUAGCUACGAGCUGGCUGCCGGAGUCCGGGAAUCCUCAACCGACAAGCCUAGGCGGAGGUCAAUCAUUGAUAUCCUCAUCAGACGCGGAAGCACCAUCAAGACGACACCUCCGGUUGUAACUCCUAUUUGGCGGCCGGCACCAGCACCAGCUCCGAUUAUACCAGAUCCGAUUACGGAGCAUGACCCCGACAGAUUCACCUACGUCAUUGGAGGACGCGAGUUUGAUGACAGCGCCGAUAUCUACUGUCUCUGA